CAGUUUCCCCAGAGUGCAAUACACUGCCAGAAAUAUGGACAGUUCUGUAUUUGUUAUGAUUACAUUACUUCAAAACAAAAACUAGUGAGUCGACAACAUCAGUCAAGUGCAACAACACAAGACAUAGCAGCCAGUUAAUGUUAACAGUUCAAGAGCAAGAAAUCCAGCAAACAAAAAGAAAACUCUUCCUGGUGAUAGAAAACACCCAGUGCUCUAAGCUCACGGUCUGGGUAACCACCUGAUCUAACAUUAGCUACAUCACUGAGAGUUGACGAACAACAGCAUAUUCUCCAUAAAAUAUGAUCCAGUUUCACCAAAAUCAAUGAAAUAGCUGUUGGUGUGUGACUUAGUGCCCUAAAUCUACUCCUCACAGGUGAUCAUACCUGGAUCACAUAGUUAGACGGUGCAGAAACAGACGAACACUUGCAGAGUGGAAAUGACAGAGACAACAUUCACCUGAUUACAUGCCAGUGUAAUAUCAAUAUAAUUUUAAAUCUGUUAUUUUAUGGUAAAAAAAAGUUACAGAAUGUUGCUUUAAAUAAAAUAAGAUUGGGACUCACACAGAACACCAAAUAUCAACCAUAUUAGAACCCUUUGUGUUUUAGAAAAAAAAGAAUACACCUUAGUAUUAGUGAGGAUAAAUAGGUCUGCCUAUUUCAAAAGGUUAUCCAUUGUUUUUGGUAUGUUUGUUGGAACAGUACAGAUAUAUUUAAGUAAUUAAGGAGACUUCAACAAUGGAAGGAUGUGAUGCCCUCCAGAGGUUUUCUUGUUUACCCCCAUUAAACAACCAGUGCUCAUUAUAUGAUCAUAUAUAUAUAUAUACAUAUAUAUACAUAUAUAUAACCUAAUGUUUAUCAGUAAGAUAGUUUGAAUUCUCUUCUCAUGUUUCUGAAACAUGUUAUCAGCCCUGCCCACACAUAACCCUGCUCAGCAGAGAGGUGUGGACAGCCUCUGUGGGGAUACACAUUUUCAGAUGUAAACUGAAGACAAUACAAGGAAAUAGGAAGCCCCCCGUGCAUAGGCCUGGCUUCCAGAAGUUUCCCAGAAAACUAAUGUGAAAAUCCAGCCACAGAGCUUGUCUAAAUUCACAACUCAGGCCUGGAACAACGCAUUUGGCCACCUGGGAACUGGAAAAGAUAAAUCCAAAGAAAUGGCUGAAGCAAUACCACUACGAGAAAAGAAGCAGAAAAUUCUACCUCCGUCUGAUGGGUGUGGUCUGAAUAACUUUGACGCUCUGGAUUUGUCUGGAGGUUUGAGGAUAGUCCUGGUGGGCAAGACUGGAUCAGGGAAGAGUGCAACAGGAAACACCAUCCUUGGAAGAGCUGCCUUCAAAGAGGACCCAAGCUCUGUGUCUGUGACCAAAGACUGUGAGACACAGAGUGGGGAAGUGGACGGGACUAUGGUUCAGGUGAUUGACACUCCAGGUCUGUUUGAUACAGGCAUCACAGAGGAAGAAUUAAAAAUCAGAAUAGAGGAGUGCGUUAAGAUGUCGGUGCCUGGCCCUCACGCCUUCCUACUGGUGAUCAGGCUCGGAGUAAGGUUCACCGAAGAGGAAAGAAAUGCUGUGAAGUGGAUCCAGGAUAACUUUGGGGACGAUGCCUCCAUGUACACUAUCAUGUUAUUUACAUGUAAAGAUCAAGCCAAAGCUGACAAUGCACUGAAGGAGUGCAAAGAGCUGCGGAGACUCUCAAUUACAUUUGGACGCAGAUACCAUGCCUUCAACAACAACGACCCAGAUGACCAAGUGCAGGUCAAAGAGCUGCUCACCAUGAUCAAGGAAAUGAUACAGGAUAAUGGGGGGAAACACUACACUAAUGAAAUGUAUGAGAGAGCCCAGAGGAAGCUGAGAGAGGAGGAGGAGCAGAGGAAACAAGAGGAGGAAGAAAAGAAAGAGGAGGAGAGGAAAAUGUGGGAUGCAGAGAGGGAGAAGCAAGAGAAAGAGAGAGAAAAGGUGAAAAAGGUUAGAAGGAAGAAUAUACGCGUGGCCUCGGCUGCUGCUGUUGUGUUGGUGGCAGCUGGUGUGAUUAUAGCAGUGGGAGCUGACGUCACAGUGGCUUUGGCUCUAGGAGCUCCCGUGCUCCUCAUGGGAGUGUUAUGUGGUUUAGCUGCUCUUUUCAUAUGGAAGGGCAUAAGAUGCAAGGGCAAAGCAAAUGUUCCUGUAUAACUAGACAGAGGCUAUAGUGACAUGGACAUUUGAUCCAUCUGCAGUAUUGGUAUUACACAUGUUACUAUUUACUGUUUAGAAAUAAUCAAUGAUGUUUCUUUUCUACGUCCUGCUUCCAAAACGUUUUGACAUGACAUUGCAGUAACAGAAGUAUGUGAAUUUAAUGCUGAAAGUAAACAAAAGGUAUGAAAUGCAUGACUUGUUUUCUUUUUGUUUGUUUUCUUUCAUUCAAUUAUUGUUUGGAGCUAUAUGAACCCCACAUCAUAAGUUAUACUUGAACAGAUGUUUUUUGGCUUGUGAGAAACAGUCUGAAUUUGAUUAAAUAAUGUUAGAAUGUGUUGACUCAGUGUGCUGAUAGAUCUCAAAAAGUUUGUAAAUACAUUUUUGCACAAUUUAUACUUUCAUAACUUAUACGAUAAUUGCUCAAAUAAAAUAUUCACGCCGAUUCAUUACUGCUGCUAAUUUAAA